AGAUCGACAGAUCACGGAACUGUUCUUAUUUUUGUACACAUAGUAUCAACGGGUAUAAAUAUAUCCCAGAUUCUGUUCAUUCGUCAGAUGUUACCUGCAGCCUGACGUCUUACUUUGCACAACCCUAGUUGGAGACGAGUUGCCAGAGACGAAAACCGGAAAAAUGUCGAGGCUAAUCAUUGUCCUGACAGUUUCCUUCUGCUUGCUCGGGCUUGCAUUGUCUCUGGACAACUUUCUAGACUGCCCUGGCAAUGACAACAUUCUCGGCUGGCUACGCCGCUGUUGUCCCAGCGAAGAUCUCCCCAACAGCUGUGAAUGUUUCGACAUCUCCAACAGCUCCCCCUUCACCAACUCCGCCUUCCACAAGCCACAGUGCCCACAGGACAUCAACGUCAUCUUCAGGCUCUAUAACCCCUCCGCUUCCUCUGGAAAUAUCAUCAAGGCCGGUGCUGCCUCAGUACGGAACAGCCCGUUCAACCCUUCCCUGCCCACUCGUGUUGUGGCUCACGGUUUCACCGACUCUGGGGAAGCUCCGUGGAUGUUGGAGAUGAAAGACGAGUUCCUGAAACAGGUAAGCCAAUCUGUCCUUUAAAAAAAAAUUUUUUAGUAGAGGUUUUA